GCUCUUUAAUUCCUGGGAUGGAAUUGAGCGCAGCUGCUUGAGAUCCAAGUUGCCACUAACACCACCACCCUCUUGGUCACCUUCUGCAACGCCAUCGCGGGGCUUUACUGUCCGUGCUUCCCUAUUGAGACACCCCGGCUGAGGCUCACGAUGUCUGACGAAGCCUUUGUGACGCUGGCCACCAACGACAGCUAUGCCAAAGGGGCUAUGGUCCUGGGUCGCUCGUUACGAGACCACCACACCACCAGGAAGCUUGUUGCCCUCAUCGGACCUCACGUAGCAGAACCGUGCAGGGAGGUGCUGCGCUCCAUCUUUGAUGAGGUGCACCUGGUCAACAUCACAGACUCGGGUGACACAGCCCACCUAGCCCUGAUGCAGCGGCCCGACUUGGGCGUGACCUUCACCAAACUGCACUGUUGGACGCUGACGCACUACGACAAGUGUGUUUUCAUGGACGCCGACACCAUGGCACUCUCCAACAUCGACGAGCUCUUUGAACGGGAGGAACUCUCGGCCGCGCCAGACCCCGGUUGGCCAGACUGCUUCAACUCGGGGGUCUUUGUUUUCCGGCCAUCUAUCGAGACGCACGAGAAGCUGGUGGCGUUCUGCGCUGAAAAUGGAAGUUUUGACGGUGGCGAUCAGGGCGUCCUCAACAGUUUCUUCAACACGUGGGCAACAGCUGACAUAGCCAAGCACCUCCCUUUUGUCUACAACCUCAGCAGCAUUGCCAUCUACUCUUAUCUGCCUGCUUUCAAACAUUUUGGCCACGACGCAAAGGUGGUCCACUUCCUGGGCAAGACCAAACCAUGGUGCUACACUUACGACGCUCACAGCGGUGAGGUGACGGGCCGCUCGGAUGGGCCCGAAUCCGGUCGGCUUCACCCGGACUAUCUGCAGUCCUGGUGGCGGCUGUACGCCACGUCGGUGAUGCCGCUGCUGCAGCGGGCCUACGGCGAUGCGCCAUUCACCAGUGGUGUCAAGGAAGAGGCCAGUGACGAUACGCUCCGGCAGGACGAGUACAUCAGUAGCACCGCGUCGCCUUCCUCUACCACAUCUGCCGCGGCGGCUGAUCUGACUUCCCCGCGGCCCAUCUCCUCCGAGGAGCGGAAGGAGCGCUGGGAGGCGGGCCAGAUGGACUACUUGGGCGACGACUCCUUUGCCAACAUUGAACGCAAGCUGGACUCCUUCCUCAAGUAGCGAGUGAGGCUGCGAUGGACAGAGGACAACAGAAGGGCCUGUGAGGAAUUGAACCCCCAACCACCCUUGCCCCCCACGUCCUCCGAGCCAAUCAUAGAAGGUUCCAUUAGAAUUAUUACUGUCUUCCAGCCUCACUAAAUGCACCUUCACAGUUUGUGUGAGUGAGAGGGGGCAUUUCUUAAAAGGGAGAAAUGCAUUGUGGGAUGUUAACUUCAUCCCCGGCGAGCUUUAGCAUAGCUGAUUAACACUGUUAAAUUAGCAUUUGCAAUUCAUACCCCGCGUGGGAUAUAGCAAGAAAGUAACCCGAUAAUUUCGCUACCGUGCCAAACAAUACGGCAAUUGUGUGAUUUAUUCAGGACAAAACAUCUCACUCGGUAACCGAAGAGCGCGGUUAACCCUCGAUAAAUUAGCAUAGUGUCAACAAGGGAGGCCAGAAAUGGCAGAAUCACUUGUUAGCAAUAGCAACAUGGUAUCAACAAUCUUCUGAUCGCAUGAUACGGCAUUUGUCCCUUUUAUUUUAAAACUGAUCGGGGAGGGAUCAUGUAGCCGAACACCGUUUCCGCCAUUAUUGAAAUUAGCAUCGGUGACUUAGCAUCAACACUAGAGAAAAGGGUGUGGGGGUAAUGGCAGUGGAACAAGAUCAUGUUUGAGUUAACCCAAAAAUGGUAGACAAAACUUGCCUGAAUGUCGUCACUGUCUUUCCGACCAUAAGGCCGCUGUGAUUUUGGACUAAAUCUGUCACUGAAAAACACCAUUAACACUUGAUGAAUUUAGCAUUAGCUACUUAGCAUCAACACUGAAUGUGCUAUGUCAAAAAUGGUGGAUACUGUGUGCCAUCUAUAUAGUACAGUUGGGCAAACUUAAAACAAAAUACACGUACAAAAUAAAUUUGUCCUGCACUCAAAGAGCACAUGCACAGGGCAUGAAAUAAAGUAUCUUGUCAAUAUAUGUGAUACUUGUCUAUCAUAUGAGAAAACACGACAACGAUGCGGUUGGGGAAGCAGAGAGAAAAAAAAAUUGAAGGUCGAAUUACUGCUUGCGUGGAUAAUCUUAUGCUGUCAAAAUGUGGAUAUUUGACAGAUGCAGUCGAUCGAUAAAAUAUUCACAACACUUCACCUUUUCCACAUUUUGUUACAGGCUUUUCCCAAAAUGGAUGAAAUUGAGUUCCUCAAAAAGAUCUGAGAAAUUUCCAUUUUUGUGCAUUGAUUAAAAUCCCAAGACUCUUAAUUAUGAAUCUGGAGUUUGAGCUUAAGCUGGUCAUCCUCUGUACAGCUUCAAUGGAUUCCACGAUCUGGUAAAUCAAGUUGAUUAGACAUGAUUUGGAAAGAAACACCUGUCUAUUUAAACUCCCACGUUUGACAGCGCAUCAUUAGCAAAAAUAAAAAUGUCCAUGUUGUGAUGGGAAAUUGUCACAUUUUUUUUGCCCUCAAAAUUUGACAAUUUGAACAAAUUUUGUUCAAAUUGUGUCAAAUUUUGAGGGCAAAAAUUAAUUGAUAGUAAAAAAAAGACUAAAAAAUUGGAGAAACAUGCUCACUCUCCCCCACAUUUAGUUUAUUUUUAAUAAAUUCUCGUUUUUUUCCCCUUCCAAUUGUCAUAAUGGGGUGUUGUGGGUAAAAUUGAGUACAAAUGUCAUCAAUGUUUGAAUUUUUUUCUGAACUUUUUUUCCCAUUUUUAAAACAUUUAUAAAUGUCAUCACAUUUUUGAAGGAAGAAUUUAAUUUUGGAGUAAGGUUGUGGAAAGGGUCAAGUGUUGGAUAUACUUUAUGGAUGCAGUAUGAUGUAUUCACGGUGCUUCAUUAAUACCCCCCCUCCCUCCCAUAUACACACAAUUUUUAAGAAAAUUAGAAAUAUUCAACUUGUUUAUCAAUCAAGGCACCACUCUACUUGGGCUAGGACAGUUAAGGAAAACAAAAUAUGAGUCCCACCCCCACAAGAUGGUAUUACCCACAAACGACCUUGUUUCAAAGAAUGAAUUGGUCUUUUAUACAGUGGGAUCGGGGGAGGGAGGAAGAGGGUCAUGGAGCGGGACUACAUCCCCCCCCCCCCCGGGGUUGCCCAGCAACUGUUCAAGUGCGGAAAAUAUUCUGAACAAGAGGGCAGCACGGGUGCGAGCGUGCUUGUCUGCCUCAGUCCUGGGUUUUCUGCGUUUUGAAUUUCAGACAUUCCCAACGAGGAGUUUGUACGUUUCCCCCCCAUGUUUGUUUGGAUGUUCUGCAUCAUCCAUACCAUAAAGUAUCCUUUGGCGUAAAUGUGAGUGUGAAUGCUAGUUUGUCGAUGUGAUCUACAAUUGGAAAAUUGUCCAUACGAGUAUGGUUGUCUUUGUGUGACUGAUUAAUGGGCAUAUCCAUUUUUUAUUUUUUUUUGUCGUCUUGAUUUCUAAUGUUGAAACACUACAGUACAGGACCACCUACCUCCCAGCCUCUUGCAUGCAAGUUCUCUCUGCUGUUUGUGGUCCUUGCGUCGCACUUCCCUGCUUUCCUGACUGCCUUAUUACCGUGUUCACUGUUUCACCUCACUCCAUUGCGGGAAAUUGCCCAUCUCGCUCCAGUGGAGGUGGCGCUACAGCCUAAAAAAAAAAAAAAAAAACAUGUACAAGUGAAAUAUUGUCAUUGCACAAUUCCCUUGUGGCUAUUAAAAAAAUGAGCAACUUGAAAAUGA